AUGUCUUCCGAGGAUUAUCAACUCAGCCGAGUUAUUGAUGCGCACAAGGAUGACGUGAAAGCGGUGCAAUCGACUUCGGAGGGUCUCAUUAUUAGUGGUGGACACGACCAUUGCUUUCGUUUUUGGGCCAAAAAGGGAGGAGAAUUUUCCGAGGUCAGCAGCUUUCCACAAAAACCGAGUGUUCAUGUCAAUUCGUUGGGGUACUUCGAGGGAAAUGGAGAAUGGCGCUUAUUCGCGGGAAGAAGAGAUGGAACAAUCACUGUUUAUGGACCAGGGAGCACUGCUGAAAAGCCUCUACACACACUCGUCCUUCAUGAACAAAAUGUUGCUUGCCUCUUUGUUGACGAGAAACAAGAACUUGUGAUGACGGGCUCCUGGGAUAAGACUUGCGUGGUGUUUUCGAUCAAAGAAAUGGAUAACGAGAGUCCACAAAUUCUACGUCUAGUUGGACAGGCACAAAUACUCGCGGUUCAUUCACUUCCCGAGAAGGACUUGUACUUAACAGCGGGAUCCGAUAGAGUCAUUCGUUUUUGGAAGAAAGAUACUGAAAUUCGGCAAUUUACAGGCCACAAGGAUGUUGUGAGGGCUUUAUCGGUUCGCUCGAACGAACAGUUUAUAUCUGCAUCAAAUGAUUCUACGAUUCGAAUUUGGGAUAUAGAAAGCGGUGCAUGUAUAGGAAAGAUUUCUUCAAACUUUGACUCUUACAUCUACAGUCUCACUUCUCUCGGCGACAAAUUAGUCACAACCAGUGAAGGCGGUUACAUUGAGAUUUGGGAGCCUCAAGCGGAAAAUAAAUUACUCUUUCAAAAUCAACAAAUCAUCAAGACGCCGGCUCAGUCAAUUUGGGAUGCAUGUUUUAUGUUGAAUGGCGAUCUUGUUACCGCUGGAAGUGAUGGACGUAUUUAUGUUUGGACAACGAAUGAAAAACGAAAGGCUCCACAAGCGAUUAUCGAAGCUCUGGAUGCUGCGUUAGCUGCUCAAACAGCUAAAGAAGCUGAAAUUGCAGAAAAACAAGCUGGCGGAAAAGUGGUCAUCAAAGUAGCACUAGAUGAUGGAGCACCAUCAUUGGAGUUGAUCUAUGAGAAGGGUACCGAUCCAUCAAUUGCCGCCGAGAAGUUUAUCAGAGAUAACGAUCUCCCCAUCUCCUAUCUUUCCGAAAUCACCGAAUACAUCAAAGCAAACAUUCCUGAAGCAAGAGCGGCGGUGGCAGCAAAGAUGAAGCCACAGGAAACUCAGCGAGUUGAAGUCGAUGGAGAGAAAUGGGACUACGCUUUUGAUAUAUCGGUUGACGAUGGAAGAAAAUUGCGUCUUUGUUAUAACACUGGUGAAGACGUCGAUUAUGCAGCACAGCGAUUUGUGGAAAAAUACAACUUGCCAAUGAAGUUUUUGGCGCAGAUCUCAACUUUUCUUCGACAACAAAUGACUGAAGCUGGAGCAACAAAAGGAUAUACAGAUCCAUACACCGGCGGAUCAAGUUAUGUGCCGGAAAGUCAAACAAACAUUGGUGGAAGUGUUGCUGAUCCUUUCACUGGCGAAGGGAGAUAUAUUCCUUCAUCUUUUGAGCCUACACCUAUGGAUAUAUCAUCCGGCGAUCCUUUGACAAGUGGUGGAAGAUACGUUCCAGGUUCAGCAGACUCAAGUUUCCUGCCCAACUCUUCUCGUGUCGUCGACAAAAAGAAACCGCAAAGUGAAUACUGUCCUUUGUCAAAAUUUUACUUCUUUGGAGUCGAACAAUUGAGCCAAAAAGCGAAAGACAAACUGAAGGAAGUUAAUUCAACUCAAGAGAUCUUUCAACUUAAUGAAACACAGAUUGGUGCAUUAGAAGAAAUAAUGUGCCCAAAGCCUCAAAGCCUUAACGUGGAAAUUUUGAUUUCCGCAAUUGAAUUGGGCUUGCAAUGGAAUAUUAAAGAUAUUUUGCCAAUUGUCGACGUUUUUCGAAUUGCCCUACUUCACAAGGAAUUAAACCAAGUCUUUUGUGAUUUGAAGGGCCGUGGAGCGGAUAGUCAUCAACGAUUGACGUCACUUAUUGUUUCGGAACCAUCAGAUGCAGUGUGCGCAGUGCUUUGUCGUGCUAUUUCGAAUGCUUUUGCGCAUAGUUGGGGACAGGAAAUGUUAAUGAAAAAUGUCGAAUUUACGACCACUGUGAUUGCACAACAAGUUCUACACACCAAGCCGGUUGUUCAGUUGGCUGCUUCAACAGCGUUGGCUAAUUGGGCUUACUUAUUGCUUCAACGAUCGGAGAAAGUCGCCGAAUUAGGACCCCGGGAGGAUUUGAUUCGCGUUAUUAUUAAGGUUUUUGAAAACGAAAUUUCAUUUGGCGGAAAAUCAGAAUUAGCGCUGGUUCGAUUGAUGCAAGCAAUUGCUACGUUGAUGUGGGGUGAUGCUGCUGUGAUCAAAUUGGCAAAGCAAAGAAAUAUCGACAACAUUGUGAAUCGGAUUAAAGAUGGAGUUGUGGAGGAGUCAAGCAAAGCACUCGCGAGAGAUAUCAUUGAAAUGCUGAACGCCGUUACACUU